GCGCAACACCACAUGUGGCUUUGGUCCAAGUGUCCAAGAAUUCAACAACACCUUCCUUUGCAGUGUCAAACGAUCUCUGGUCUGUGAAAUAUACUACUUCACAUAUACUUCUACUCCUGAUUUACAGAGAGAAGGACUUACACUCCCGACUGCAGAGUAAUAACAAGACGAAGGAAAUGCCAUCCGGGAUCGACAGCGAGGUGUUCCUGGCCUUCUCUACCUACGCCACUAUCGUCGUCCUCAAGAUGAUGCUGAUGUCUCCUAUGACUGGAUACUUCAGACUCACCAGAAAUUGUUUUGCCAACGUGGAAGACACAGGGAUGGCUAAGACUCCAGAGGACAAGAAGAGGAUGCUGAGAGUUGACCCGGAUGUGGAACGUGUGAGAAGAUGCCACCAGAACGACCUGGAGAACAUCACUCCGUUCGUAGUGAUUGGUCUGCUGUAUACCCUGACGGGUCCAGACCUCUCCACUGCUCUGCUCCACUUCCGGGUGUUUGUUGGUUCCAGGCUCUUCCACACGGUGGCCUACGUCCUCCCCCUGCGCCAGCCCAGCAGAGGUCUAGCUUGGAUGGUUGGCAUGGGCGCUACCUUCUCCAUGGCAUACAGGGUGCUAAGCACAACCCAUCUCUGAAGAGGCGAUCAAUCAAUUAAUCAGAUUGAUUGAUUCAAAGUUUUCAGAUGGCCUAAAAUAGUCCACGGGACACUCUACCCCUGAGGAGACACUCACACAUUUAUCAGACCUGGGUCAAAUAGGCUACAUAAUGUUAAAUACAUUUGACAGUGCUUGAUUGAACUUGGAGUUUGCACUUCUGGGACUAUUCUAUUGGUUCUGUUGUAUCAGGCAGACUAACUUGACAUUCCCUGCACGUUUUGUUUUUAACCCAGAACUAAAUUUGAUCUGUGCAAAAAAAUUAUAAUAUGAGCAAAAAUAAUUAAACUAAACUUAGUGCUCGAUUCAAUCUAUUUCACGGAAGUUCAGUGCUGGAGCGCAAUAGACAUUGAACGGUAAUGUUCCCUCGGAGACUCCAUUCCAGGUAAACGCUGCAUAUAUCACUUAAUUCGGAAACUACAUUUACAUUUCAUGUGCGCUACAGCGCUGAACUUAGGCGAUACGGAUUGAACGGAGCCCUAAACUAAAAUCAAGUGUAGUUGAGUAUCUGAUACCGCAUGUAUCUGCCUGUUUUACCCACAUCACAUCACCAGUUUAUUGGUCGUGUAUACAGAUUUACAGAUGUUAUCGCGGGUGCUUUAAAAUGCUUGUGUUUCUAGGUCCAAUAGUGCAGUAAUACCGAGCACUACAGACCGGUCUGUCACACAGCACUACAGACCGGUCUGUCACACAGCACUACAGACCGGUCUGGCCCACAGCACUACAGACCGGUCUGUCACACAGCACUACAUCCCGGUCUGUCUGGUUGUCUGGCCCACAGCACUACAGACCGGUCUGUCACACAGCACUACAGACCGGUCUGUCACACAGCACUACAUACCGGUCUGUCUGGUUGUCUGGCCCACAGCACUACAGACCGGUCUGUCACACAGCACUACAGACCUGUCUGUCUGGUUGUCUGGCCCACAGCACUACAGACCGGUCUGUCUGGUUGUCUGACUGACUGCAAACACCUAUUUUAUAUCUUAGACAUUUUUUGCAUCUGAUGUGAUAAUCUAAUGUUUAUAAAUUAUUCUAUUCGGGUUUUGGAAAUUAAAGUUUAAUUAAAAAAUGGGGGGAAACUAUUGUUUUAGCUGAAUUUAAAUAGGCCUAUGAAGUAGGCUACAAAUACCAGAGCUAUUUUGCUAAUUGGCUAAUGAAUAUGACCUUACUUGAUCUAAUUCUUUUAUCUUUUUAAAUUCUGUAUAUUUUUUUAGAUCUACAUAUCAUCUGAUAUGUUUACUAGGCGACAUUUCUGUAAUCCCACUAAUUGGUUUACCUUGUUUACGCUUUCUCCCUGUAAAUAAACGAACAUUCUCCAGAA